AUGCAGAGGGAGGAGGAGGAGGAGGAGGAGGAGGAGGAGGAUAGCGUAGCAGACAAGCGGCCAGCCUCCUCGCCACCAUCACCGCCGUCAACCUCCACCGCCAACGCCACAACCGUCACCAACGCUGGCCCCUCUACAUGCACCGCCCUCCUCCUCAACAACUCAACCCAGCUCCCAGCCCAAGACCAGCAACACCUCACCCACUUCACCCACCAACUACAAUCCCACACCCGCCCUCUUCCCCUCCAGCCUCCCCUCUCCCUCCUCCCCAUCCCUCACUACACCACCCUCUACCACCGCAACGCCCACGCCCUCCAAGGCGCCCACUUCGUAGUCACCCAGCACGACCACCCCAUAGCCGGCCCCCACUACGACCUCCGCCUGCAGAUCAACCAGACCUCGUCGUGCUCGUGGGCCAUCAUGUACGGACUGCCAGGGGACCCCAACGCGAGAGGGAAGUCGGGUAGAGGCGGAGGAGCAGGGUGUAUGAGAGGGGCGGUGGAGACACGGGUGCACUGUCUCUGGAAUCAUCUUGUGGAGACGGGCGGGUGGGAGGUGGGGAGUCUGUUGAUCUGGGAUAUGGGUGAGUAUGAGGUGCUGCGGCUGCCGAGACCGAAGAGACGAGGAGCGCUGUCGGACUCGGGCGAGGAGGAGGAUGAAGAUGGGGACGAGGAGGAUGAUGACGAUGAUGAGGAGGAGGAGGAGGAGGAGGAAGAAGACGAGCGAGGAGGCUGGCACGGGCUGACGCAGCAGGAGAAGCUGGCGCGUGCGUUUGCGGACAGGAAGAUCCGGCUUAGGUUGAAGGGAUGGAGACUGCCGAGGGGCUACGUCGUUAAUCUCCGUCUGACGAAAGAAGAGGAUGCCUUGGGGCGGGACAGGGCUGCUGCGAGGGCUGUUGAGGGUGGUGAGGGAGCGCGACGACGGAGACGGCGCGGGGUGAGGCUGGGGCCUGUUGCUAAGAAGAGGAGGAGCAGGGGAAGGACGGGUCCGGAUACGAGCAGUAGCGGAGAUGAUAACGACAACAACAACGAGGGCAAUGAAAGAGAAGAACAGCAGGAGCUCCGCGAGCUGGAGGACGAGGAGGUGAGGAGGAUGAACGCAUACCCUGGCGCGUGCAACACCAUCGGCAGCGUACACCAGCGGAAAUGGUUUAUGUCGCUAGACAGGGAGGCUUGUGGGUUUGUGCGGGUGAGAAGGCAGAGGAGGACGACGGCGGCGACGAAAGAAGAGGAGGAAGGAGAAGGAAAAGAAGAUGGAAGGGCUUGGCUACAGUGGCCUUUUUAUGUUCGUGGUCCGGAACACGAGAGGAGCAUCGUCACGGGACGGCUUGGGAGCGAUGUGUUGCGUGACGAGGGCGUGGUUGGCUUUGUUGGGCGCAAGGGCUGGAGGCCCAUCUUGCAUUGA